AUGCAAUCACCUAUCUGUUGCUUCUUGCUGAUGAAAGUGAAGAACCGCAAUAUCCGUCAUCAUGCCUCGCCCACCAAUGCCAACUUCUUUCACGCCGCUGCGAAAUUCGUCAGUCUCGUCUCUGCUCGAUCCGAUGUUGUUGCUGAUGUAUCUGAGCAACAGUCUCUGCCUACAAGAUCUCCCAGACACCGUCCGAGCAGUCUGCGCAAGAAUGCCGACCCUGAAGUCACCAUCAAAUCUCUAGUGAUCAAGGUCUUGCAAAAGCAGCAAGAACUCUCCAAAUCCCAAUCAGAGAUUUUGAAUAGUCAACACAGCAAUUAUCACACUCUACUCGAGAUAACCGAGAACAUGCAACACACAAUCAGCCAUAUCCAAGCGGUCAAGGAAGAUGUACAAGUCAGUGACAAGAUUGCCUUUGCUGCAGGUUUUGGUUGCGGUCUUCUUGUUUUGCUGGCUAUCUGGCUAUCUCCUUUUGGUGUAAAAGAUAAGGAUGACGAUGCUGACAAGUAA